CUCCUCUGGAUCCCCUCCCCUGCUCUCUCUCUCUGGUCGUUGUGGUCUGUCUCUUCUCUAACCUGCGCUCACUUCUGCCUCUGGAUCUAAACAUUUUUGCGAUGGCGGAGGACAGUGAAUCCGCGGCCAGUCAGCAGAGUCUGGAGCUGGACGACCAGGACACUUGCGGCAUAGACGGGGAUAACGAGGAGGAGAAUGAGCAUCUGCAGGGGAGUCCAGGGGGAGAUGUGGGAGCCAAGAGGAAGAAGAAGAAACAGAAGAGAAAGAAAGAGAAACCAGGUUCAGGUGGUGCCAAAUCUGACUCUGCCUCUGACUCGCAGGACAUAAAGAACCCAGGCUUGCCUAUUCAGAAGUUGCAGGACAUCCAAAGAGCGAUGGAGCUGUUGUCCUGCCAGGGCCCGGCCAAGAGCAUAGACGAUGCAGCUAAGCACAAAUACCAGUUCUGGGACACUCAACCAGUGCCCAAAUUAAACGAGGUUGUAACGAGCCAUGGCCCCAUUGAAGCUGAUAAAGAGAACAUAAGACAGGAGCCAUAUUCUUUACCUCAAGGUUUCAUGUGGGACACUCUGGAUCUUAGCAAUGCAGAUGUGUUGAAGGAAUUGUAUACACUCCUAAAUGAAAACUAUGUAGAAGACGAUGAUAACAUGUUCAGAUUUGAUUAUUCACCAAACUUUCUAAAAUGGGCUCUGCGUCCCCCUGGCUGGUUGCCUCAGUGGCACUGCGGAGUCAGAGUCUCCUCAAACAAGAAGCUGGUCGGCUUCAUUAGUGCCAUUCCCGCAGAUGUCCGAAUCUAUGACACACUGAAGAGGAUGGUUGAGAUCAACUUCCUGUGUGUGCAUAAAAAGCUGCGAUCAAAGCGUGUGGCUCCAGUGCUGAUUAGAGAGAUAACGCGACGCGUAAACCUCGAGGGCAUAUUUCAGGCUGUGUAUACAGCAGGAGUAGUGCUGCCUAAGCCCGUGUCCACGUGCAGGUAUUGGCAUCGCUCUUUAAAUCCUAGAAAGCUUGUAGAAGUGAAAUUCUCUCAUCUGAGCAGAAACAUGACUUUGCAAAGGACCAUGAAACUCUACAGAUUACCAGAUAGUAUUAAGACUGCGGGCUUACGGCCGAUGGAGAAGCGUGACAUCCGUCAGGUGACGGAGCUUCUACAAAAGUAUCUAAAGCGUUUUCAGUUGGCUCCGUCGAUGGGAGAGGAGGAGGUGACUCACUGGUUCUUGCCUCAGGACAACAUCAUUGACACAUUUGUAGUAGAGGGUCCAGAUGGUGUUUUGACAGAUUUUGUUAGUUUCUACACACUGCCCUCUACAGUGAUGCAUCACCCGCUGCAUAGGAGCCUGAAGGCCGCAUAUUCUUUCUACAAUGUUCACACUCAAACUCCACUUCUCGAUUUAAUGAACGAUGCACUCAUCCUCGCAAAAAUGAAAGGUUUUGAUGUUUUCAAUGCUUUGGAUCUAAUGGAAAACAAGGUGUUCUUGGAGAAGCUGAAGUUUGGCAUAGGCGAUGGGAACCUGCAGUAUUACCUCUACAACUGGAAAUGCCCUUCGAUGGACCCUGAUAAGGUUGGCCUUGUCCUUCAGUAGAGCCUCUCCGUGACUUAAAGGGACACAGUGAUGCAGAGGUGGGCUGUGAGGCUGUGAUAUUCUGUCUGAAACACAGGUACCUGAAUGAGACAGAGCUCCGCAGUGACACUGGCCUGGCGAUGGCCGCUCUUGGCAUGUUUAUGGUCAACUGGACGUCAUGCUAAACCUGAAUCUCAUCCACACUGCUCCAGACAUGCUCCAUAUUAAUGUACCUGUGGGAACUUCUACAGGAGGCCUUCACUUGUGUUUCUCUUUACUGCAACAGACUCAUCAUAAGCAAAAGGGGUUUGGUUAAACAGAUAAUACAUCAACUGUAUUUAGUUAUAUUUGGCUGCUGAGUAUUCCCUGUGCAGCUCUAAACAUGUCUGCUGUUUGCAAUGUUCGACUGGUGCUGAGUCCUGGGAAUUGGAUCCUGAAAAUUUUACUGACGUUUAUAUGGGUACUUCAAAGUCGCUUAUUACAGAACAACAGUUUUUGUUACACAUUUACAGGUGUAAGUCCAAUUAUAUUUAUACUUGUAUAAGAAGGAGAUUCAUGUGAAAGGAUAAAAAGUGUAAACCAGUAGUCGCUUACAAGCUCAACACAUUUAAGAUGGUGAAUGUAAAGCAUUGCUAAAGCACAAUUUUGAGAGUUCCUUUGUUUCAACUGUUAAACUGUUCACCUAUAAACUUGUUUCUAUGGUACACAAUAUUUAACAUUAGUUUCAACUUGAACAGGUACGACUGUUCGCUGAUUUAAAAAGUUCUUCAUUCUAAUAAGAAUUGAUUUUAAGGUAAAGUUCAUAUUUCAAAUCUGUCAAUGAGAAAAAAAAAUUAUAAAGUAAUUAAAACAAUGAAUUGCAUAUCAUUUAAAUAGCCAUUUUUUGAUCAAAUGGCUGUAGGGACUAUAGAGGCUGUUUGUAGUGUGCAGUUUUUCAAUCAUUUAAAUACAGACUAUGGUCAAAAUGUGCAUCUGCUUAAUUGUUACAAGCUUUUUUUGUUCUAAUAAUGAUUCUUAUUUUUCAUACAGUCAGAAGUUAUUCAUUACUUGAAGCUUAUCCCAAUAUGGAUAAUUGCAUCAAUUUACAAUGUUUUGAGGGUCUUGUUUUAAUGACCCGAUAGUUUAAAAUGGUAUUAUCUAUGUGCCCAAGUUCGUUUUAUUUCACCUGCACCUGUUCUGCUCAGUAUUUUAUUUAGGAUUGGACACUGAGCUGAAGAUAUGAUUUUUUUCCACAGUAUUUAAAUGUUUUUUUUCAUGUAUGUGUGGCCUUUUGGAUUUCUUUUAUCCUUUAUCUUUGUGUUUUUAUUUUUUAAUUGAUAUUUUAUGUUACAAGCUGUGGUUCUAUAAUUACUGAAGCCAGGAUUCUUAAACUCAAGCAAAGUCCUGAUAUUUCCCUGAUCCCAGUUUGCCUCUAGACAGAUGUUGCCUGCAGCGGUUUGAAUGAACUUUGAGCAUGUGUUUUGCUGCAGUUAUGUUGCUAGCCACACCCUUUAGUAAAAUCUCACCCAAAGUACCUGCCUUAGUUACUUAAAUAAUUAAAAGUAGGGGAUAGAGUUCAAAUGAGAGCAUACAACUUUGACUGAAAAUAUUUUUAUUCAGAUCCAUUGCAAGCUGUGAAAACGCUGAAGACUCUGUACCAGCAUCAUCCUGAUGUGUCCCCAUGAAAAUCAAUGUCACAUGAGCUAAACCAGCAUGGAUAUUUGAUUGAAUAAACUCAUUUUGGGUAA